CAGAUAGCUGAGGAUGCGUCUUAUUAUACUGUUUCAACCACGUUCGUCGCCCCGUCCGUGGACACUUACGGAUCUGGGCAACAAGUCAAGUAAAUCAAUAACCUGGAGCGAUUGCGCACCACCACCAUGAAUCUCUUUAGGCAACAAAGAACCUGCCCGCCGACCAUUCUUAGAGCCUACAAGGACGGCGAUUUUACCGACCUUACCAUCAUCUGCGGCAUCUUUACAUUUCACGUUCACCAGGUGGUUGUCUGCUCGGCAUGUGAUUUCUUCAAGAAGAGCAUCAAGUUUGCCGUAGGCAAAGAAGCAGAGGAGAAACGCAUCGACCUGCCAGAAGACGACCCUGAGAUGAUCCGCCGUCUGGUUGCGUAUCUUUACCUCGGCGACUACGAUCCCUGCCCUGCGCUCAGAGUAUCAUCUUUCAGUACCAUAAGACAACACGAGUCGACUUCUGCAGCUGCUUCCGCUUACCAUUCGAGAUACCGUGCAACGGGACUAGAGGGCUCUGAUCAAUGCGCCUGUCUCGCACCCAAUACGAAGAACAUAAAUCAGCCUGUUCUUGAGCCUGAGUCAAAGAACAAACCCGCGGACUACAGCGUUGUUGUGAAAAUGCCCAACUGUAUCGAAGUCGCCAAUCCACUCACUAUACAUGCUACCAUGUACGCUCUUGCUGACAAGUACCAAGUCGACGGACUUGGUCAGGUUGCCAAAGAGAAGUUUGAGUCGUGCCUUCAUCACCAUGCAAACUCGGGAGACUUUGUCGCUGCGGUACAGCUUGCGUACGGAGCCACUCCGGAUUCGAAUCGCGGAUUGAGGGAUGCAGUCGUCACCGCCUUCUUGACGCACUUCAAAAUCAAUGUCAAAGAGAACCCUGGUAUCGAGGCGAAGCUCGACACUAUUGAUGAGCUAUCAUUCUUGCUGAUCAAGUCAUGGCCGAUGAAGACGGAGCAGCCGAAGCCAGUUAACCCCAUCUUUAAUCCCCAGGCUAGUUUGUUUAGUAGCACACCGCCUACGACAAGGCCCGUAGUAAGGCCCGCGACAGGUCCGUUUUUUCUUGGUUCAGUGCGACCGUCAUAAUGCUGCACAGUUUUGGCAUACUUACGAAUGUCUGCAAGUACGAGGGGAUUCCGUUCCCGAUGGCCGAUAACGCCUCGCUGUUUUGAUUGUUUUAGUGUUCACCCUACAUAACGAUCGACUCCUCUUACCUGCCCAUGUUUU